AUGGAAGCCAGACCUCCAAAGGGCCCAGGCAAACAAUUUACAUUUGAUUAUGAAAAUGAAGUCCAUAAACGAGAUUACUUCAUUAAGUCACCACCCCCUCAGCUCUUCUUCUCAGCAACCUCCUGGAAAAAGCGUCUUUUUAUUCUGUCCCAGAGUCGGGGAAAGGGUCUUAGUCUUUCCUAUUACAAAGACCAUCACCAUCGAGGUUCCAUCGAAAUCGAUGGCGCCACUGUAGAGGUCGGUAUAAAUAGCCAGGAAAAGAUGCAAUCUGUGCAGAAGAUGUUCAAAUGCCACCCGGAUGAGGUGAUGUGCAUCAGAACUGUAACCAGGGACUACUUCCUUAUUGGCCGAGACAGGGAGAAGAUUAAAGACUGGGUCUCCUUCAUGACACCAUACUGCCAGGGGGUAAAAGCAACCCAUCAGAGAGCAGAGCAGGAGAAGCCUUCCCUGGGUGACAGAAGGCCGGUUUCUGACCCCAGUCCUUUCUUGGGUCUCUGCAACAUACCAGAGGGUAUCAGCCUUGCAUCACCGAGGGCCAGUCUUCCAGAGCAUUUAAUACAAAAAAGUCUCCAAAGAUUCAGGCAAGAUCAUUAUCAUCAUGAACAUGAUUUCUACUCAGAACCAACUCAAGAUGCAGAAGAGGAGGAAUACUACCUCACUCCUCGAAGAGUCUGCUUAGAAUUAGAGAAUAUUGAUGGCGCCAAUGAUUCUGGUGACUCCGCUGAAUCCAAUAGCCCAGACCAAGGUUUCAAGAGAGCUGAGAGCAAUUACGUGUCAAUGAGAUCAAUGAGAUCCUGUCUAGUUAAAGAAGCAACCUCUGCACCAGCCGACUGCCAAGCCGAAUUCCAGAUUUCUCCCGAGACGUCAGAGCUGGGGCCUCCCCACCAAGAACAAGACACAGGAAGUGAUCCGUGUCUUCUGCCUGCCGAUUUGGAAGCACAAACCACAGAUGACCAACAGGGGUCCGCCUCACUAACUGUUGUGAAAUUGUCUAUACUGCUCAACAACAUCACGGAUGAGAGCCAGCUGGAGACUCUGAACGUGUUCCUCUCUCCUCGGGAUGUCAUCAACUAUCUCGCUCUGGUGGAAGCAGCAGGACGGAUAUGUGUGGCUCGCUGGGAAGGCCCUCCCCGACUAGGGUGCUUAUUCCACCAUGGAGAUCACAUCUUGGCUGUGAAUGACCUGAAGCCCCAAAGCCUGGAGGAGGUGUCCCUGUUUCUUACCCGAUGUAUCCAGAAAGAGAAAGUGAAACUCUCCAUUGGCCGGAUCCCAAAUUCAGAGAAGCUCCAUGCUUUCCCCUGUGCGUGCUCCUUAAGACACCAGUUUGCUGAGUCUGCCCAGCAGGAUCUGCCAGGCCGGGAGAGGACACCAAAGAGGAGUCCUGCCAUCAAAAAGAACCAGAAGGAAGCUAUUGGAGAGUAGGCUGCCCCAGGCCGGGGACACGAAGGUUGGAGCCCUGGGGCAUGCACGGCCCUGUGAUUGGAGACAAGACAGCAUCCUUCUCUGAGCCACUGUGCUGACUUAACGGUGGGGUCACUGGCCCUCUUAGGCUUUUUCGUUGGGAAAGUCACAUGGGAUAAUGACUAAGGAGUAGAGUUAGAACAGGAGGGCUUAUUAUCUGAGACUCUGCCCCAGACGUGGCAGACACCAUAUCAGUAAAUCCCUGGUGUAAUUAAUAGCUGUGUGCUUCUGAGGUCACAGUCCACACCACUGCCUCUACGUCAGCCAUAUCAUUUCAGGGAUGCAAGAGAGUGAAAGUCUGUAUCAGUCGUCCAGGACACUUCCCAUCAGGCAAGCUGAGUGGCCUCUCUGUCUCACUCAGUACGCCUGCUCUCUUAAAGAUACACUA